AUGAGACCGCCAACAGUCAACAUACUGAGCUUGACCAAUCUUCCAGAGUGGAUCUACGUUCUUGACCUUGGGACCGAUCUCUCUAGGGAUUGUUAUGUCCCAGUCCUGAAUUGCGACCCUGCGAACGUUGUCGGGAAAAUUCUCGAUGCCGGUGAAUGUGGCAAUUGCUGGAAAGCCCAUAGGAGGGUGUUCUGUGCUCGAGACACUGAGAACUAUAUCAGCAGACGGCAUAGGCAGUUCGGCCCAGCCGCCUUUUGGGAGAGGUUUCGCAGUGGUGAACCGCGCAUCAUGGCGGGCAUUCUCGAUGUUUUGGAGUUUGACAAGCUCCUGCAGGGACAAGAAUGCCGCCCGCAUCUCUGGAUCGAGGAAUGGAAAUGUGGUGUUUUCGAUGAACUGAGUCGCAAAUGCGGUAUGCUCCUUCAUCAAAGCGGUAGCCUCGAAGUCAUCGCUCUCAUUGUCUUUGUCAGCACCAAACAAGGCAUCUGCACUAUUCUCACGAGGGGCCGAUGA